ACCGCCGCCCGCACACGACCUCCUCUUUCUUGCAACCAAGAACUGAGCCUCCUUGUCUUCCUACGCUGGUAGGGUCCGGGGAAUUCAGCGGGCACUCGUGGGCACUCGUCUUCAGGAUCACCGCUACCAUUUCCCAUCCAAUAUCAUUAUAACAUAUCGUCUUAUCUAUAUUGUUUGCAGGCUUGAGCCUGCUGGUUCGGGCUCUGUCCUGUUUCCCCGUACUUGAUUGCGCAUGGCAUCUGCAACCGUCACAUCUUCCGGCGGCGCAUCUCGUCCUAUGGCCCUGCCGGGCCAUCCUGGACGUCUGAGAUACGCCAAUGCCGAGGAUCUUCCAAGCUAUCCGUCUCCCGGACUGAAGCCAGGAGGCGCUGCGGCUGGCGCUGCGGCGUCGCUGGGGUGGGCGAGCUCCCCAGCGUCCUCCGCUGCCCCGUUUCAGCCGGAGGCUCCAAGGCCGCAAGACGCCCUUCAUGCGGCCGGAUGGGCGCAGAAACAUCAGAAGCAGCCCUCAUCGCCUCCGUCCCUCUGGGUGUCAACGGCCGCCAGUCUGGCGUUCAAGGCAGGCAGCACGCCGCCGUCUACGGCCUCGGCUCCCGACUUCUCCCGGCAGAGUUCGAUGCGCGCAGCAAAGGGAGCAAUGGCGGGCUCGCGGCCGAGAGCAGUUUCGUCUCCUCAAACGCGAACAGACGCGGCUCCGGAGCAGCAAACCACCACCGGGACGGAUGCGCUGAGCGCCGCGACUAUUGCGCAUCGACCGCCGGUGCGCGCAGCUCACAUCCCGGCUGGGGAAGGCGGCGCGAUCCCAUACACGACUAUGGACCGGCAAAUGUUCACCUCCAACCCCCCGGUCAAGCCGGAAACAGACGAGAAGCACCGCGCCGACGUCUUAUAUGCAUCUGCUCUCGUCAUGGCGAAGAAGAUGUACAAUCAGCAGCAGAAGAUGAUUGAUAGAUCCGCCCGCAUGCACGCGCGGUCUUCUUCCUUGCCCGGUCCCGAGGCGGCAGGUCUACCGAGUGCGGGGAACGAGGAACAGCCGCCCCUGGUCUACAACAGCCUACAGGAGGCGGCAUACCGGCUAGCCCAGGAUCGCCUCACCAAGUUGCAGCAAGAGCACGAAAAACACCGGGAUCUUCAAGCAUACUACGGCGCGGGUGCGAUGAGUGCGCCGCAGCGGAGCCGGUUGGGUACUAUCAAGGGCAAGCUGACCAGAAGGCGAUCUUCGAGCGACGGGGACCUACUAGAAGACCGGCGACGAUCAGAGCGGAUUCGAAGGCAGAUGUCCCUACUAAACAACAAGCUGAGCGAGGUGGACGAGGACAAGCGAUCCCGCGACCGGGCUGCGCUGCUUGCUGCUGCCCAGCGGAAUGUCAAGGCGCAACUCCAUGAGAUCGACGAGAAGGUGCAGUCCGAGACAGGCAGGGUGCCCCAGAUCACCAUGGAUGACUGGGGGAGGAAGGCGCUAGUAGCUGCGCGGGCGAGGUUCGAUGCGGCGAGCCACGAGAGUGCCGGCAAAGUCGACAUUGGGGGAGGGAAAGUCAUGGACCGGUCUGAAGUGGAGAAGAUUGCCACUAAGAAAGUGCAGCCUCUGCUGGACGAGAUCAACGAGCGGGCCGAGAAGGAGAGAGAAAGGCAAGAGGAGGAGAGGCUGGAGGAGGAGAGACGCAAGCAGGAGGAGGAGAGAGAUAAGAUGAGGGAAAAGGAGAUUCAGGAAAUCCACAAGAAGCUAAAGAACCAGCAGAAAGAGGCCGACCGAGCCAGAAAGGCUGAGAUUAAGCAAGACGAGAAGAUGCGGAAGGACGAGGCACGAGCGAGCAAAGCCGAACAGAAGCACGCCGCCAAGGAAGAAAAGCAGAUGGAAAAGGAGGCCGUACCAUCCGCCGCGACCGCGGAGAACCAAGACCAGCCAGCGCCACCGCAAGACCCCGAGAAGAGGCGACUAUCCAGCCGCGGCAUCGGCCACGUCCGCGCGCUCUCGAUCAGCUUCCCGAAACGCCCGCCAAGAACCCCCAAAGGCAAAGACCCCACAGCAGACAAGCAAACCAGCCCAGACGACUUCGACACCCCAGCCUCUCCAGCCCGGAAGGUGCGCGCCUGGCUGCUCUCGCGCUUUCCCCACGCCCGAGCCAAGUCGGCGAGCGCGGCGGCGCCGGGUGCGGGCGCGGGCCAGCAAACCGGCCCGAGCGACCACAACGGCGCCGUCGCCGAGAGGGGCUUCAUCGGCGGCGUGGCCCUGGCCCGGCUCCAGGGGCAGGGGAGGAACGGCAGCGCCACCUCGGUUGAAGCGCAGCGAUCCACCGCCACAGCCAAGGGCAAAGAGCCAGAGGGCGCAGCGCACCCCGCAACCGGCGACGCCGCCGCCGCUGCCGGCAUGCGUCCCGACGCCAGCAUGCGCGAGGUCGCCUUGGCCGGCCGCGCUGUUCGUGCGCCGCCGGUGCGGAAAGGCGAAGGCGAAGGCCAGCUGGCCGGGAGCGGGAGCACCGCUGCUGCUGCUGCUGCUGCUGCUGCUGCUGCUGCUGAUGCUUAUGCUUAUGAUGAUAAUAAUCCUGAUGCCGCUCUCCCGUCGACCCCGUCGCAACGGCCCGUCUCGCUGGUCUCGCAGGCUAGCGUGCCCGUGUCGGUGGCGGAACCGUCGGUGAGGAGCUUGGGUACCGCAGAUGGUGGUGGCGGCGGUGGCGGUGGUGGUUGUGGCAGCGACAGCAGUAGUAGUAGUGGAGAGAAGUUCGUGGAGGCGCGGAGCGAGCCGGAGACGAGCGGGUCGCUGGCGUCUUCCAACGCGACACCGCCGAGGGUCAGCAGCGGCGGCGGCGGCGGCCCGGCGUUGUUGGCGGGAAGGGUGAACCCGUUUAGGGGGUCGAGGUUCUCGGAGAUUUUGGAAUAGUGGAGUGGCUCGGCGGAAGGGGGGACUGGGUGUUUAUGGAUAGGCAUUUUGUCGGCAAUCACUUAGGUGAUCUAAGGUGUUUUGGGUAUGGAAGGACGGCAUCUGCGAGGUGUUUGUGUGUUGUAUACUUGAGCAAGCGGGUCAUCGUCAUCUAGCUGAGCACG